UUCGUCCGCAGUUUGUCCCGCAAAAUGUCUGUUUCUCCGCCGUUUUGCGGCGGCCAGACUGUCGGUGGUUCAGCGGUGCAGCCGAGAACGGCGGAGAAACUCACUUCGGCUUCGAGACCGUUUCCGAGACGGAGAAGGCAAGCAAAGUCUAUAAGGUCUUUGAAAACGUGGCUCAGAAGUCUGACGUCAUGAACGACGCCAUGAGUCUGGGGAUCCACCGCCUGUGGAAGGACGCGCUGCUGCACGUCAUGCACCCGCAGCCCGGUGCUCGCCUGCUGGACGUGGCGGGGGGGACGGGUGACAUCGCUUUCCGGUUCCUGGAGUACGUUCGUUCUCAGCAGGAGAGGCAGCAGAGGCGGGCGGUGUCGUUGCGACAGACACCGUUGUGGCGGGACGUUUCUGACAGAUAUCCGGAUGGGGGCGGAGCUCCAGAGUCUGCAGUUGUGGUCUGUGACAUCAACAAGGAGAUGCUGAAAGUGGGCAGACAGCGGGCCGACAGCAGAGGGGUCACGACAGGUCUGUCCUGGGUGGUUGGAGAUGCAGAGGAGCUGCUCUUCAACGAUGACCAGUUUGUUCUUUACACCAUCGCAUUCGGCAUUUGGAACGUCACUCACAUAGAUCAGGUUCAAAGCUGCCUGACCCAGCAUGCUACGGCCACACUCGGUUCCAUUUGGUAUUUGGUACCCGAUCGGUACCACAGAGACCGGAUGAUGAAGCAGCAGCAGUCUGAACAGGUGGAGAUCUUCCUGAGAGCCAAAGCCAUCACCAGCCUUUUCUCCUGGACUGGAGCUCAGUCCAGAACAUUGUGGUUUCUGCAUCUAUAACUGCAGUCGUCUGCCCUCUGGUGGCAGAUCGGUGUACUACACCCAGGUGGAUGGAGAGGAUUUUCAAGGAUUUUCUUAUUAUCAAUAACAAUAAAAUCCUUUUAGAUUUGUUAUAUUCA